UCAGAAUGAAAUUUCAUCACCCAAACCGAGAGAGAGAGAGAGAAAACAAUAUAACAUCCAAAUAGUUAAUAUCGACUCUCGAACUUUUUUGUUCUAUCGAUCGAUUCUAACCAGAUCUCCCUAGCACUUUGAACAUUUCCUAUCAUCGUCAUCAUCAUCAUGAAGAUAAUAUCAUCUUCUCACUUAACAACUUUAACUGAGCAUGAAACUUUCCUACUUCAAUUCAGUAGUUAUCAAAUUUAUCUCUUCCCUAGUAACCUUAUUAACAUCAAUAGAUCACCUUUAACUUUACAAUCAUUUACAAUUAACAUCAACAUAAUCAACUGAUUGAACCGGACAAUUUAAUCAUCUGAUAUCGUGAUUAUCAACAAUAGUUUAUUGAAUUGUUGAUUGUAUCAUUAUUUUCACCAGACAACAACAGUUUAAUUCAUUGUUGUUGUUAUUAAAUCUCAUUUUAAACAGUUAAUUCAGUUCAUCUUUUUGUCUUCUCGAUUGAUUUUUUUUGUUUCUUUCUUCAUGUUAGUAAAUUACCUUUGAUUGUAAGCCUGAAUUCACCGAUGGCCUUUGGUUAUAUUGGUCACAUCUUGUGGCGAGAUCGUAAUGAAACCUUUCACCCGGAAGAUCCAGUGGUCAUUGAUUCUGGACUUUCACCCGAAGUUAAGUUCACCUUUAUUGAUGUGAUUCCAGGAGUUUUGAAAAAACCACCGACGGGUUUUCCCGCUAAAAGGGAAUCAAUUGCUUACCAUAGUUUCAGUGCCCUAAUAGGAGCCAGUAAUGAUUGGCUUGCCAAAAAUACUGAUUGGGAAGUAAUUAAUUGUGAAACUGUUUUAUUGUUUUUCAAAUUUGAAGACAAUGGUUGGCAAUUAGCACCUCAAGAUACCUGUUUCCACCUUGAUGGUGAUGCCCACAGCUCAUUAAUGGCCUUAAGGUAAGUUAAUUGUUACAAUUUAAUAUUCAAUUAAGCUUAAUAUCAUAAAAUUUGAAUGCUAAUCAUAGUUGAGCAAUUGAGUUUUUCUUGGUUCCAACUUCAAUUGGAAACAAUUAUUAAACUCUCAUAAUUGUCUUCCUAUUAUAAUUAUACCUUUACGUUGAUUAAAAUGAAGUCCAUCUAAUUACUCUGGUGAUUAGUGAUUUAAAUAUGAUUGAUUUAUGUAGAUGGUAAAAAUUGAUUGUAAUUCUGAUGAUUACAAUCAACAUAUUGUUUUCAUGUAUCAAGUGUCAGUUAGUUGAUUUAUUAUUAUCAUCAGAAUUACUCUGAAUAAUAAUAUUAUAAAUGGAGAGUUAAUUGUAACCAAUUUCAAUUAAUUGUCUUGAUAUUUAAAUUAACGGUAAGUGAAUGGUGAACAUGAUGAUUAGUGAAUUGUUAAUAGUAGUAACAAUCAGUCAACCAUUUCAAGUUAAUUAUGAUAAAAAUACAAUGGAACCAGAAAAUUUCAACAAUUAACCCAAACACAAAUUUAAUAAAAUGAUUAAUUAAAAGUCAAUCAACAAAACCACUUAACUCUAAUGAUUUAAUUUCCUUUACAAUUAAUUUAACCAUAAGAAAAUUUAAUCCAUUCAAUUGAUUAGGAAUAUUUUUUACAAUCACUAACAAAACCACUCAUAUAGUCAAUGUAAUUACAACAAUUAACUUGAGAUAAGCUCAAUUGCUGAACUUGAAAAGAUUUUGAUAAUUAUGAUUAUCCAUCAAUUUAAUUGUUAUUAUCUGAUUAUUUUCAUAAAUGUCAAUGAGAAUCUAUUUUUAUGGCCAAGGAAAAUGUCAAUAUAUGCAAUAUAAAAUGUCAGAACUUGUAGAUUGGGAUAACAUUUAUUAACAAUUGUGACAUAAUUUUAUUGUUCCCUUAUCAUUGAGAUGAAUUAAUUUAUUAUCAUGAAGAUGAUGGUCAAUUCGGGUCAUUUAUUGAAUCGUGACAUUUAUCUUCAUCAUCAUCAUCCAGAACUUUUGCUUUUUUUUCAUGGGAAUAUCUUGGUUCCUUUUAUAUAUCGAUUAUCGUCCAACUCAACGACUCAAACUCUCAAUUCAUGGAAGCAAUAAAUUCAUUCUGAGAAAAGUUAACUCUCCAUGUAACGAUUGUGUUGACAAUUUGAAGUACUAAU